AAAAAAGGAAGCAGUGGAACACUUUACUGCGCAUGUGUAAACGUCUGUAGUUUCGGGCGCGCUGUUUCAAAACAUGAACAAGAUGGAGUUGACUUCUGCGCUGCAGUCUCUGAAAUUAAAUGAAAUUCCUGCAGCCUGGGUGGAUGCAGUGUGGGAUCUGGAGUUCACAGAGAGCAAGCCACUGGAUGACCCCAUAGAGGAUGAACUCAUGGCUACUGGAGACCAGGUCUUCAGUAACAUGUACCAGAGUUUACUGGCUCAUGCUAAUGACCAACAAUCUGCAGACACAGAUAAAGCUUCACAGAGUAUCUGGGCAAUGCUGAUGGAAAAUGGGGCUUCUGUCAAGACUCUGGUAGCCACGCUGUCUUUCUUUGUCCUGGCGGGGAAAGCCAAAGUGGCCAACAUCCAGCAGAGGGUGAACGGCCUGCAUGCAGCCUCGCUCUACCUGCUGCUGCUGGGAAUCCCUGGAAGCAUUGCUAACAAGGUUCUACAUGAGAUAUUGUUGGACACGUGUUUGGAUAUGACCUCUCACUGCUGGCCUCAGGACUCUGGAAAGAAGCGCAAGAAGGACAACCUAAAGAGUUCUCAGGCAGAGGGCAAACGCUCCAAACCACACCAUAAAGACGCCACACAGAUGGAAGUGGAGGAGGACGAGGAGGACGAAGAGGAACUUCAUUUCUCUGGUCAGGACCUGAUGAGGAUGAGAGAUGCUGUGGUUCUCCUGGUUCAAAGCAUCCUCAGACUCCUGCAGACAUUUCCACUUAACAAACGACCACAGAGUGCCAGCAGCUGCACCCAGAUUUUCAGUAAGCUGCUUUACUUUGAGCCAGCCAUUGGACAACUAACCUUUUCUGCUGGACAGGAUUUCACCAAGCUGAGGAGCGUUCCUGAGAUGGCUUUCUAUGGCCUGCAACUACUCUAUUCACCAAAACAUGGAGACCAGAAAGAGUCCUUGCGGAGGAUUUUCCACCGGCUCCUCUACGUGAUCCUGAUGAUGAAUAAAGGCAACAGAAGCAAACCCACCCUCCUCAUACCCAGCCAAGCCAUCCUUGCUAUCCGCAACCAGGCCAUCCAUUUUGUUCUUCAUAUUGUGGAUGAGCUGAAAGAGCCAGCAAUGCCUUUCUUACAAAUUCUUCUGCAGCAUAUCUGCUUCCAGAUGGUGGAGAAAAGUGAGUUUCGAACUCACGGAGCUCAGGCUGUGGGUAUGCUGACAUCUCAGAUGGAAAGUACAGACUACUCCUGUUUCGUCAAGUGGCUGUUAAACUUCUCCAGACACUCAAAGAUGGUGUGCAGGCUGUUCUCUGUGGAUGUGGUGAUGGUUUUACUGGAGCACCCAGAGAGGAGGACGGAGGAGUGUGAGGACCUGGAGCUCGCCCGCUUCCUGCCACACAAGUUCCUGAUCCAGAGUCUGCUGUUUGCUCGACGGAUGGACCACUCCCCCACUGUCCAAGGCCAUGCCCUCGCUUGUCUGGCCCAGUGUCUGGAACUACCUUCCUUCAAUGCCACCCGGGCCGUCCACGACCUCUUCUCCACCACUGGAACCCAGACCAUGUUGGAAGGUGAAACCACAGAAGGAAAUCUUAGUUCCCAGCAGGCUCAGAAAACCUACCGCACUCUACCAUUCAGGACUGUGGAGAUCAGCAGCACUGACAGCUCAGGCUGUGACGCAAAAGAGAACCUGGCUCUUCUUUUGCGGCGUGUGCAAGACUCCAAGACUAACGUGAGAAGAUCGUCACUACAGGCCCUAAAGGGUCUCCUGAAGCAUGAAGUGAUCCCUAUGAACUGGGAGAACCUGGCUAUGCUUUCUGAGCGCUGCAGAGACCCGGCUGUGUCUGUGAAGAAAAAGGCACUGCAGUGUGUGGGAGAGCUGCUUGCUGCUAAACCAGAAUGCAGUAUGGUGCAGAAGGCGUGGCUGCAGGGUGUCUUGCCAGCUGUGGUGGACACUGAAAAUUCAGUUCAGGAGAAGGCCCUGGAGGCUCUAGACCAGGUCUUGCUCAGCCAAAUCAAACUGUACUCUGUCAGCCGCCACCUGGAUGCCAGUCAGAGGCUGACCUGGGACCUGCUUGGCCUGCUCUGCAACGAGUGCCAAGGCCUCAGCCAAUAUUUCAGCCAGGCCUUCACCAUCUGGUCCAAACAAAACAAGUUUACACAAACGUUCAUCAACAACUUGAUCUCACACAUGGAGGCUGAUCAUGCUGCAGGGGCCUGGCUGCUGCUCUCCAAGGUUGUCGCUUCAUCCCCUAGACUGCCUUACAGCAAGAUCUUGGAUGCCUGGGACAGCAUGGUCAGUUCAAAGGACAUACAUGUGACAACCUGCUGUCAUAUCCUGUGUGUAAUGGGAGACAUUGCUACUCAUCUGAAUGAAGAUACCAAGUACAGGAUAGUUGAUGAUCUGAUGUCUUGGUUGAAGACUUUUACUUUGCCUCUGGAGGUGAUCAGCGCUGCAGUAGAGACUCUUUAUCAAUUUGGCAGCAGCGAAGAUGUCAAACAGACUCAGGCUUUUCUGAACCAGCAUUGUGGUGAGCUGGUGUCGGUUUGUGAGGCAUAUUUAGCCAACAUCAUGCUGAGUGAAAACGGAGCUGAGAACCUCAAUGAGGAGCUGAUGGUUAAACACCUCCAUACUCUGGGUGUGGCCUCACUCCACUGUCCUGCCAGGGUGGGCAAGAGGACAGUCUUGCUGGUGGAAUCUGUCCUCACCACACAUUCUGACAAAUUCACAGACUGCCAGGAAGAGCUGCCAGCCUCGCUGCCUCUGUCCCAGUUCAAAGCAAACUCUCUGCCUACCAGAGUCAGAGCACACGGAGUCAUCACUCUAGGUAAACUUUGUCUGCAGCAUGAGGAACUAGUUCAGAAGUAUCUGCCAGUGUUUGCCAGGGAGCUCGAGGUUGGCACGGAGGUUGCUGUGCGCAACAAUGUGGUAGUGAUCAUGUGUGAUCUGUGCGUUCGAUACACCAACAUGGUCGAUCACUAUGUCCCCAACAUCUCCAUCUGUCUGCGAGACACCGAAGGUGUUGUCAGGGAGCAGACUCUGAUCAUGCUGACCAACCUGCUCCAGGAGGAAUUUGUGAAAUGGAAGGGUUCUCUCUUCUUCCGCUUCAUGGUGGCAUUGGUUGAUCCAGUGCCUGCCAUUGCCAGUCUAUGUGAAUACUGCCUGCUCCACCGGCUGCUGAAGAAGAACCCAGAAAUGUUCAGCCAGCACUUCAUCGAAUGUAUCUUCCACUUAAACUCCUAUAGCAAACACAAGUCCUACAACAAGUUCCCUCAAAGUGAAAGAGAAAAGGUUCUAUUCUCCAUAAAGGGAGCCCAGCACCGCGAGAAGCGUUUUCGGAUUUACCGCUUUCUGUUGGAGCACUUCACUGAUGCCCAGCGCUUCAACAUCACCAUCAAGAUAAACCACACUGUUUUAGCAUGCUUUGCAGACAAGGAGCUGCCUCUGGAUGCAGAUGGUGCUGAAAUUUUAUCAGAGACCUUUAACAUCUUAAGUCUGAAAGAGAUGAAGCUGCAGGCCAUAUCCGUUCCAGCUGGGGAGGAACCAGAGGAGGAAAACGUGGCCACCAUGGCCAAAGCUGUCCUGCAGGCUGCACAGAAGAAGGUGGUGUCACAGGUCCAGAAGAAGGCCUUCAUAGAGAACACUGUUCCUCUCAUCAUCAGCCUUAAGAGCUUGCUGGAGCAGAAACACUCACCUGUCCUCAGAGACCUCAUGGCCUACCUCCAGGUGACAAUGCAGGACUACAGCAGCGAGGUGAAGGAUUUUUUCUCUGGAGACGAGCAGCUGGCAACCGAGGUGGAGUUUGCUUUGAAGACGGCUGAGAAGGACAGAGAGAUGGAGGAGCAGAUGGACAAGUGUAGCCUGGCAGGAGACAAAACUCCCAUUGCACAGGAUUCAGUCCCAAGCUCCCCUGUCAGAUCCAGGCCCCUCAUUCCAUUUAGCUUUGCCACUCCUCAGCCACCAUGUCCACACCCCCUGUCUGCCAGACGGGCACACACUGACAGGCGUGUGUACGUCAGUUCAAGACAGGGAGAACACGCCAAGUCAAAGUCUACCAUACUGGAAAGAACAGUGAUGCCUAAAGGAGCUGUGAACGACAGAGCCAUCAGCACACCGAAAGGUGUCAGUGUCAACUUAACUUUUGAUGAGGCAGUCAGCGCCAUCUUCAGUGACCAAGGAACAAAUCUUGACAGGGAGACCAGUGUCGUUCAUGUGCGGUCACCUGAGCAAGAGGCUGGUCUGAGGCAGUGGAACGUGCAGUCUCCUCUCCAUAAGAAGAAGUCAACCAAAGUUUAGUUGACAAAAAGCUUAAUUUCUUUGUCUAUUUUUUUCUUAUCACUACUACCACUUUUACUACUCCUUAAGUAUUCAUUUCCGUCUAUAUUUUCUGUUGUGUAUUGAUAUUCUAUCAUCCUUAUCUUUCAUAAUGGUGUUUUAUCUUUUUGGUAAUAAAGAUGACCUUGACCUCAGC